AUGUGUGAAGCGCCAUUUUCACUUUUUUUUGGUUUUGUUUGUAUUUUAAUACAGUUUUGCCCACGUGGACAUAAAUUAUGGAGUUGGAACAGCCAGCCAAAGCUGAAAUAUGGGAUGCAAGGAGGAGAUUUCAUGUUGUCAACAAACAUUCUGCUGUCAGGGAACAACUUCUCCAAGAUCGCUCUCCUGUUCAGAUUCAUGAAUAUCCGCAUGGUGACAUCCAAAACCUUCUACUCAGUCCAGGGUACCUACUGUUUAAAAUCAAUACAGCAGUUUUGGGAGGAGAAGAGGAAUGCCAUCAUAAAGAAACUGCAGUCAAAAGACCGUGUGGUUGCUCUUGCUGACGGGAGGAUGGACUCUCCAGGUCACUCAGCAAUGUGCUGUACAUACACAACGAUGGAUCUAGACACCAUGGACAUCAUCAGUGUUGUCAAUGUGGACAAAAGAUGGGUUGGCUAUAAAAGUGGGGUCAUGGAGAAGGCUGCCUUUAUGCAGACAUUUGACAGUCUCACAAAGGAGGUGAACAUCAAGGAGAUUGUGACUGAUGCCCAUGUACAAAUUGCUGCCCUCAUGCAUCCAGAACGGGGCAGAUAUAAGGAUCAGGCUAUUACCCAUUCGCUUGAUGUCUGGCACGCCGCAAAAAAUCUGACAAAGAAACUUCAUGCUGUUGGAAUGAUUUCUGGUCAAAAGCUUAUACUUGGAUGGAUCAAGGACAUUGUUAACCAUUUUUGGUAUGCUUGUCAGCACACAAGCACCAGAGAAGAGUUUAUGGAUGUCUGGAAGGGUGUACUUCACCACGUGACUGGAGAGCAUGAAUGGGGCUUUGGCAGGUGCUUUCAUGCUCCUUUGGCGGAGAACCCAGACAAAGAGCUCAUUCCACAUGGAUCUGCUGCACAUGUGGCGCUUUCACGGAUUGUUUUGAACCAGCGAUGGCUAAAGGAUAUAGAGAAGUUGCUCACCUUUAGGACCACUGCUGAGCUGGAGUCGUUCCAAAAUCACAUCUUGAUGUACGCCGGGAAACGCUUUGCAUUCUCAUUUGGUGUCUAUGAAGCUAGGACACUCCUCGCUGCAUUAGACUACAACCACCAUAACCAUCGCCCAGUGCAUGUGAACAUCAAAGGCCAAGUAUCACACAAACGAGUCUACAACAAAAAGUCGCAGCGUUACAGUGUUCACACUGUAAAGGAGACCAAAGACUACGGCUACAUCCCAGAGCUGCAGACAAGAAUCCUGGAGAAGCGCCUCAGCUCUGCUGGGGGACUCCCAAAAAGAAGAAGCAUUCAGGCUGAUGACCCCAGGGCCCUGGGUCCUCUCUCCGGGAUCAGCCCUCCUCCUACAGCUGAACUGGUACAGACACAACAACGCAGAGGACAGGUAGUGAUUAUAACCAAAUCUCCUCUCCAUUUUUGUGGAAGAAAAUUACAUAAAUGUAAUUUUUGUUUUUUACAGGACUUAUGUGAUACCUAAACAGAGGCUGAUGGCAAUCAAAGUUGAACACUACAGAUUUAUUUAUGUAAAUAUGUACAAAAAGUUUGCAACAACAAUAAAAGUAAGUCAAACUUC